AUGUCCCAAUUGGACGCCAUCGAGGACGACCUCAAGGUCAAAGACUUGGAGAAGCGGAACCUUGGCGCUGGUUCCAUCAAAGCGAUGAAGUUGUCCUCGGAGCUACCCCACGAGCCUGCCGCGGCGUUUCUCACGGAACAUGAGCACCACUGGGGCAACUAUGAGCCUCAGGAUGCGAAAAAAGUCCUACGUAGGAUUGAUGUCCGGUUGAUGCCCUUGAUUAUUGGCACAAUUACCAUUGCUGCUGUCGAUAAAAUCAUCAUCUCUAACGCCGCAUUGUACGGCAUGACUAAGGAUACCCAUCUCGUGGGACAGCAGUAUAGCUGGGUUGCUUCGAUCUUCUACUUUGGUUGGCUCAUCGCCGAAUAUCCUGCAAAUCUGGUACUCCAGAAGAUGCCUGUUGGCAAGGCGGUCGGUGUCGCGGUCAUCGGAUGGGGAGCUAUGGUCAUGUGUCUCGGUGCUACCAAAAAUGCUGCUGGUUUGAUGGUCAUCCGCGUUAUCAUGGGUGUCCUCGAAGCGCCUCUCUUUCCCGCGGUCACCAUGCUAAAUACCAUGUGGUAUAAGAAGUCUGAGCAGCCUGUUCGCAUGGCCAUCACUUUUACCGCAUUUUCUAGUGUGGUCACCGGUGUCAUCUCAUACGGUAUCGGCACCACCAAGACCAGCAUCGCCUCUUGGCGUCUGCUCUUCUUGGUCAUUGGAGGGUUCACUCUUAUUUGGGGAGUUGCCCUUACCAUCUGGCUUCCCGACUCACCCUUGAGGGACAACUUCAUGAAAGGCCGUGAUAAAUACAUUGCCCUUGACCGCGUCCGCGAGAAUAUGACCGGAAUCGAGAACAAGGAGUUCAAAUGGUAUCAAGUCCGCGAGGCCUUCACCGACUACAAAACUUACCUACUCUUUAUUUUCUUCCUUUCCAUGAACGUCCCUACUGGUAGUCUGGUUACGUUUGCCGCUCAGAUCGUGUCGGGCCUGGGUUACGGGAAACUUGAGACAACUCUUCUUGGAAUGCCCACCGGAAUGAUGCAGAGUUUGGCUGGUUUUAUGGUUGCCAUUCCGCAACGAUGGCUCCACAACAAGAGAUGCUACACUGCGGCAGCCUGUUGCUUGGUUCCUCUAGUGUGCUCUAUUCUAAUCAGAGAACUGCCCAUCGAGAACAAGGUUGGCCGACUCAUGGCUUACUACUUCUUUUACUUUUUCUGGGGUCCCUAUGCAACUGCCCUCACGCUCCCUAUGGGUAAUGUUUCGGGCCACACCAAAAGGCUCACAGUCAACGCCACUAUCUUCCUGGCCUACUGUAUCGCCAACAUUGUCGGUCCCCAAGUCUUUAUCGCCGCUGAAGCUCCCCACUACGCGACUGGGUACAACGCAAUUCUGGGCUUCGAGGUGACGGCUAUCUGCGCCCUCCUUGCCUAUGCUGCUGGAUGCAUGAUCGAGAAUAAGAAGCGAGACAAUGCCGAGGGCACCGUUGUCUCUGUUCAGGUCGCCGAGCAGAUGGGAGACUUGACUGAUUAUGAGAAAAAGGGCUUUCGAUAUAUUUAUUAA